AUGGCCAACACACACUCACUGCCCCAAUCCAACGCCGCAUCAAGCUCUUCCUCCGUACUGCCGUCAGAUAGUGUCUCGCAAGUUGCCAGCACUCUGUCCGACCCGGAGGCAUCUUCCUCUCAGCAUGCGGUCAAGAGAAGAAAACUAAGAGCGACAUCCACAUGGGAUCAUUUUCGAGGAGCUCAAGGCGACGAACCACGCACGAUGAGCGGGAGACUGCUCCACUACUGCACGCGUUGUUGUAAUCCCUCCUGGUCAACACACAUAUCUGGCAACGCCCGCUAUCACCUCGAGAAGGCGCAUCACAUACAUGUUCGAGAGGACUUGAAAUCUCAAACCAAGCGCCAACUUGCCAUAGAAAAUGCAUUCGCAAGGACAAGCGCCAACCAGCUGCAACAGGCCAGGGCGAAUGAAGUGAACACCUUGCGGGGGGUCAUCAAUGCCGAUGCCUUUCGAGAGGCACAGAUGCUCCUCUCUGCCCGUAGGUACCUGCCGCUGAACUUUGCAACGUGGCCAGAAUACCAGGCACUUCUAUCUGCGGUAAAUCCCGCCGUUCAAGAGCUCCUGGUCGACUCUGGAAACACCGUGGCAGCGGACUUGGAUCGGGCCUACGACGCGCAUCAGGAAUCUGUAAAGAAAUGGCUGGAUAUGUCCCGGAGCCUCGUACACAUUGCCAUGGAUGUAUGGUCUUCUCCUCAGCGCAAGGCGUAUAUCGCUGUACACGCACAAUGGGUUGACGAGGGAUACAACCUUCGCAAAGCAUUGUUAGGACUCCCAAACCUCCGCCACUCUCACGCUGGCGCGGCAAUGACACCGCACUUGAUGAAGAUUAUCCGAAAAUACAACCUCGCGCACCGAGUAGGCUACAUCACUGGGGAUAAUGACGUAAAGAACGACACUUGUCUCCGCCAACUUGCUCUUGAGCUAUUAGAGGAGUACGGCGUUGCAUUUGAUGCAGUAUCGUCUCGAACGCGAUGCGUCGGCCACAUCAUUAACUUGUCCCUCCAAGCCUUUCUCUUUGCAACUAGCAAGAACGCCCUGCAGGUGGCAAUGGAACAGGCGCAAGAUGAGACGACUGACGUAACCGUUGCGGAGGCGUUGCACGACCAGCUGCACUCAACUACGACUAGCCAAACAACGCACGGCAAACGCAGGAAACGCAACGACACCGCAGGCUGGCGGAGCAUCGGCCCUCUGGGUAAACUCCACAACAUUGCAGUCUUUAUCCGAAACUCCACGGUUCGUAAUGACGCAUGGGAUGAUGUUGCAGGAAAGGCACUCGGGAUUGACAAUGUUACUCGCUGGAACUCAUGGUUCAAAUUACUUGAUGCGGCCCCGUUUUACCAGGCCACCCUGGAACAGCAAAUGGAAUGGGCAUCAAUAGAUCAGGUGCUGGAGAAUAUGGAUAUUCUCUUCAUGCAGUUUGAGGAUGCCAAGGUCAAAUACCUGGACAACGCGCGUAUGGUUAAUUCCGUGCACAUGGGAUGGUGGGUUCUCUCGAAGUAUUACGAAGAGAGCGACAAAAAUCCCAUAUAUGCCACGGCAUUAUUGCUCCACCCAGAAAAACGCCGCUUGAAUGGUGGUGCCGAGAAGAACAAAGGAUGGAGUACCCACGCUCUGGGCCGAGGAAUGGCGGCAGACGGCCGUUGA